AUAAGGACCUUAACACUUGUUAACGACUGGAUCUCACAAGCGGUUGGGGCGGGUUGUGGAAAAGUGUUGUUGAUUCACUCAUCUGAAAAGGUUGGUUGGAUUAGUUAUAGAAAUUGAGAUGAAUAUAGCAAUAAUUGUUUUUGCGAUCCUUAUAUCACUGUUCACUUCGUUGCAGAUUCUUUAAAUUUAGCCCAAUCCCGCCGGAAGCAGGGUGGGUUCUUUGAACGAAUUACUUGCACUGUCACCAUGUCUCGAUCAUGCCUCCAAAUCAAAGUCUUGAGCCCCCGUGUACGUAAAGACAUAAGGAACCUUUUUUUUUUCAGUCACAUUACUUAUUGUUUGGACGAGACUAUCCACUCCAUACUCAGUCCUACUCAGACUACCUUAUCAGUAGAGUUAGCGUAGGUCUUGCCUCAGUGAUGGAUGCGAGGAAUGCGCGUAGCGUCGUUAAUCACUCGGUGAAGACCAGUAAACCUGGUCGGACAAGAGGGGUUGAUCCGAUCCGGCCCGAUCAUGUCUAAAAACAAGCGAGAAUUUGUCUCAGAUGUAGAACAGAUAUUGCAUAACUGGUCUUAUUCCAGCCAUCAGAUAGGAUUCAUAACAAGGCGUUAUGCAAUCCGAAAUUGACGCCCCAGAUGCUUAUUAUAAUUCAAUAUUAUCGCAAGCAAAUUGCCCAAUAAGAUUUUUUAGCGAUGUGAAUGUUACUAUGGGGAACAUGAUUAGUUGACCUUCACCAUGUGACAACAAUUAAAUUUAGUUAAGAGAUGCAUGAAAAGUCUCUGGCACCCAGUUGCUAAAAUAUGAAAGCGAUUUAUCUUGUGUGGUCAUGUCCUUGUUUCUCUUGACCAUUCUGUUUUAUGAAGCAUUGUUAUUAUAUGGCUCGCGGGCAAAAUGAAGCGAAUCCUGCGUUCUGAUUGGCUACCCAACUUUGCCAACAUAAACCUAUCUUGCCGGCUCGUGAUUUCCCGUUUUAUCCCACAAGAAGAGAUAUUUUUCUUACGAUAUUAUAAAACCUUACUGACCAAGCUUGUUUGGUAAAAUGACUGGACAUGCAGUGGCCUCCUCUUUUUUUCCGUUUUUGUGGACCUCUACCUCGUUCCGGCCCAUCAAAGACCGUCAAACCGCAAGGGAACUAUGCCUUGGUCAAUAUCUAGGCCACUUGGCGUCACGCUUAGUCAUUAACACAUACCGGUAUAUAUCACGUGUUGAUUUAGAAUAGGUUUCUCCCCCUUUAUAUACAUCGCCUCCUUAACCUUGAACUGGAAUUCAGAGGCGGCGGUAUCACGGAUAGUGAAAUAUUCCGUAUACCUUAUUAAAGGAAACUGUAACGCCUCAUUGUUCGUCUGUCACAUUUAGCUUUCAAAGAAAUCGUUGUAAUCAGCAUAUUCAAAUUGUAACUACUUCUACAUCUUAGGGUGGCUCGAUACAGUUUUUCGGGGUCAAUACCUCCCAAGUUUGAGCACAAACUAGGUCGCCAUAAACAAAGAUUUGGAAAAAGGCCACCAUUAUUGUAUUAGAUAAAGAUGAAAAUUUGUUAUGAUCAGGGUUGCAAUGAUAUCGGAGUUGUCAUAGCAACAAAAUGACGCCAUUACCUAUUUUACUUGCAGCAGCAUUUCUCGGCACUGGGAACUGUUCUUCCAAAAUCGUUCACCGGAACUUUUUCCUCCAACAGCCGCCACGAUGUUUGUGAAGUUUAAGCGAAAUCUGUAAGAGUGUUAUCGGGAUAGUUUGGGAUGACGUUUUAAUGGUUAGAAAUACGGUAAAAAUGGACAGCUAGUCUUAAUGCAACCUUGCAGGACGCUGGGUCCAUUCUUUGAACUCAUUACUCUCAAUUUCGCCAUGUCUGGAUAAUCCGAAUCAAAGUCUUGAGCGCACAUGUACGUGACUAAGUAGCAUGACUGUCAGGCAUUAAGUACCUUUUUUUUUGUUCAGUCACAUUACAUAUUAUUUUAACCAGCCCAUGCUCUCCUUACUCCUCUUCAGACUACCUUAUCAUUAGAGUAUGCAAUUCUUGACUCAGUGACGGAUGUGGGGGAUACGAGUAGCGUCGUUAAUCAGUCGGUGAAGACCAUAAAGACCAUAUACGUAGGCGUCAGUAAAACCUGGAUCGACGUUGAGGGGUUGACCCGGCCCGAUCAUAUCCGAAAACAAGCGAGAAUUUGUCUCAGAUGCAGAACAUAUAUUACAUAACCGGUUUUAGUAAAAUCCAACCAGUCGUCUAUUAUCAAUGCUGCGUUCUGAUUGGCUGAGCUACUACUAGGCUAUAUGUUAUAGCCCACUAGUAGCGAAAAGCGCGGGCUUUUUGGCGGCAAAAAAGGAUUAAAGUCUAGCUUUAACAAACUAAAAGUUUUUUAUUCUCGAUAUUUUUGACCAACUAGUCGGAUGUUACUAAAACAAUUAUUCUUCUCGCCCUCAUGGUCUCUGAGUCAAUAGCCCAUUCGGCCUUCGGCCUCAUGAGCUAUUGACUCGGAGCCCAUUCGGGUUCGAGGAAUAAUUGUUAAAUAUUCCAGCCAUUAGAUAGGAUUCAUAACAAGGCGUUAUGCAAUCCGAAAUUGACGCCUCAGUUUGCUGAUUACAAUUCAAUAUUAUCGGAGGCAAAUUGCCAAUAAGAUUUUUUAGCGAUGUGAAUGUUACUAUGGUGAUAUUAGGUGGCUUCACCACGUGACAACAAAGAAUAGCUUUGAAUUCGUUUUCUGAUUCCAUGACACAAUUAAACAUAAAAAAGUCUGGGUCGCCAUCAAUAAAUCCGAUCGCAUAGAAUCGAAUAAUUAAUAUUGGAAACAACACAUUGAUCGUGCCGUAUUGAAAUCUAGCAUACAGACUACAAGGGUUAUUGUUUGGUUAGGACAUUUUUGUUCCUUUUCGAAAUCUAUAGCAAGUUUACCAGAAGCCUGUGUACAGAGAUUUUUUGUUAAAUUUGAGAGAGGAUGGCGGCUAGUUUACAAGUCUCUGAUGAGUCCUUAUUUAAAUAAGUUUUAGCCUGUGUAGCAUGUUGGUUUUGUCGGAAGCUCGCGUUUAUUACUUUUGCGCGCCCAACCAAAACCGCCAUGGCUGCGCAGGCUACAUGAGUAUGGCCUAAGCUCUCUGGGGAUAGGAAACUUCUUAUUCUUCAAAAAUUGCCUCCUUCAUUACUGCUCUGUUUACAGCGGGUAGAAAGGAUCGCGUUAACCCGCUCUUCAUCAAACACCAGAUUUUACCUUUAGGUUUUCUAUUUUUUGGCUCUUUCUGCAACCUCAUGCAUAAAGUCAAGAAAUGAAAUAUAUUCCAGCAAAUUUUCAAAGACAUAUCAGAUAUACACUGGUACAGCGGCUCGAGGUGACUGCCGGCUAACUUUUACACUGGACCGGCCGAGAUUAGAAAUACAAAUUAAAAUCUUCCUUCUCAAUUUUGGAGCCAAACUUGGAAAGCCAUACCACCCCACUUCAAACAACUUGAAUCAUGCAAUUUCAAAAUCGUCUGCAUGAGAUCAUGAUUCUCAUGCAGAUCUAACUAAAAGACGACCCAAAAUAUCCUGAGCCACUAACUAUUGUUCAGGGACUGAACAUCUGUAAGUAAUAUUUCGUUCCUUAUUUUUGUUUCCUCAACAUAUAUAACUGAAUAUUUUACAUAUAUUUAUGAAUAUUUUGAUACGGAAUCGAUUAUCCGUAAUCAGUAGUAUUGAUGGCUUGUUAAAUAAUUUGGUUCAAAUGCAAGUCUUUCUUUCCUUUGUUUGUUUUUCCCUCGAUACCCGCCUAGAUAAGCUAACUACUAGCCAUUUGAAUCUCCUGUAGUGUAAAGUCCUAUCUUCAGUGGCCACCUGACUGGCCUAACUUAUAUCCGAUCCUUUUCUUACAGGCAUCAAACCAUCACCAUGUCUCAAGCCAAAAAGACGACUGCGAAUUUUGAUGAAAUUUUAACUUCCAUCAGCGCGUUUGGUCGUUGGCAAGUAUUCCUUUAUGUUGUUACCUGUUCUCUGGUGAUUAUCCCCUCCACCUUGCAAGUCAUUGGGAUUGUGUUCUUUUCUGGAACGCCAAGAUUUCAUUGCGUGACACCUAACGUGACAUGUGAGGACAGCAAAUGUUGUCCUAAUUGCACUGAAUAUGUCUUUGAUGGUCCUUUUACCAGCAGUGUUAGUGAGGUGAGAGGCGUUAUCGUAAUAAUAAUUCAAUGAUGCAUAGGCCUGUCCCGAUUGUGCUCGUAAAAUGCUAAAAAAUUGCGGACUAGAAUGCCAUAAAGUAGCUAAAAAAUUGCCCGCCAAAAAUUUAAAAAGUUGAUUGUUAAAUUUUAAAGUUGCCGGCCGAACCUUCUAGAUAUUUUUGUAUAAACGUCAAGUUAAACAAUUAUCUUUCGUUCUUAUCAAUAAUUACUAAUAUUGGUCAAGAAAAAUAGCUUGAAACUUGCUUUGCUCGCACCUUUACCAUAGAGGACAAUCACUGACAUUUAAGAAAUUCCCAUAAAUUGAAGUUUCCUAUGAAUUCUUUGACGUUUUCGUGCUUAAUAUGUGCUCUAAACCUAUAUUUUGCUAAAAAAAAUUGCUUGAGGUUGCUAGAACAGCAAAGAAUUGCUCCAAACGCCAAAAGGUGUUUAAAAGUUGCCGAACACAAUCGGGACAGGCGUAAUGAUACAUGUGUACUGAUGAUUAAUAGCAUUGUUUAUGAUUUAACGUUAAGCGAAAGUCCAUUCAAUAAGGAUGCAGUGGGGUAUAAAGAUACAGAAUUAUUGACCUAGGUUUCCCUCGGUUUUUAUAAUUAAAUUUUCAACUGCCUCCUUCACAGGCUUUCCCAAGGCUUAAUAGACGCGCGAGACGCGCGAGAGUGUGAAACAGGCGAGGUGUGCGAGAGAGGGAUGAUGGGAACGAGUGCAGAGCGCAAGCAGGGAAUGAUGGGAAGGAAAAAGAGAGAAACAGCUACUCGUGUCAGUGGUUAGUUUCCCUUCUCAUAACUGCUUUUGCCCCUGCAUUCCUUUAUAAUUAAUCCCCAAAAUAGUGAUCGCCUGCGACUGGGGACGAAGGAGAAUUUUCAACACUCCCCCCAUCAGUGUGUCUGGAAUUUCAUAGUCCCUCUUCCACCCUAUGGAGCGUUAACAAGGCGUUGUGCUAUCCGAAAUUGACGCCUCAGUAUGCUGAAGUAAUUCAAUAUUAUCGGAUGCAAAUUGCCCGAUAAGAUUUUUUAGCGAUGUGAAUGUUACUAUGGGGAAAUUAAACUGAAUUAGGUGGCAUACACCAUGUGACAACGAAGAAUGGCUUAAGCUGGAAUUCGUUUUCUGAUUCCAUGACACAACUGAAAUAUUGUCUUGGUCGCCAUCAUUAAACCCGUGUGCAUAGAAUAAUUAAUACUGGAAAGAACACAUUGAUCGUGCUGCAUUAAAAAUUAGUAAGCAGACUACAGGGCCAUUUUUGUUCCUUUUGGAAAUUUUUACCAAGGUUACAAGUAGGCUGUGUGCAGCGAUUUUUUUGAGGGGAUAGAGCGGCUGUACCCAGGCCAGUUUUCAAGUCUCUGAUGGGUCCUUAUUUAACUGAGUAUGGCCUAAUCUCUUGGGGGCAGAGACUUCUUAUUCUUCAUGAAUUGACUCCACUAUUAAUGCUCUUUUUACACCUAGUAGAAAAGAUCGUGUUAUUCUUCUGCUCUUCAAAAACCAGAUUUUACCUUUAAGUGUCCUAUUUGCUUACUCCCUCUACAAUCUCAUGCAUAAAGCAAAGAAAUAAAAUAUAUUUCAGCAAAUUUUAAAAUCCUCUUUAAGGAAAUAUUAGAUAUACACUCGUACAGCAGCUCGAGGUCACUGCCUGCUAACUUUUACAUUAGACACUCAUGAUUAGAAGUACAAAAAUCUUCCUUCUCUAAUUUUGGAGUCAAAGCAUGGAAUGCCAUACCAUCCCACUUAAAGUAGCUUGAAUAAUGCAAUUUCAAAAUGGUUUACAUGGAUACAGAAUCAUUUUACCCGAAAAAAAUGCUAGGACCCCUCAAUUUUCUAUUAAAUUUUCAACUGCCUCCUUCACAGGCUUUACCAAGGCUUAGUAGACGCAUGAGACGCGCGAGAGCGUGAAGCAAGGUGUGCGAAAGGGGAAUGAUGGAACAAAAAGAGUGAAACAGCUGCUCGUGUCAGUCGUUAGUUUCCCUUCACAUAAUGGUGAUAACACGAUGGCCACCACAAUAAUUGCCUCCCAGAUAAUCACAUUAUGCGUGUACCUUGAACUGGACUGAAAAACACUAUUUUUCAACCAAGAAAUCCUAAAAAUCAAUAGAGGAGAGUUGAAUUGCGAGUGAAAUGUUAAACACGAGAUCAUCACAGUUUUUGGUACCAGACGUUCUUAGGGGUUCGUCACGCGUUCAGGAUUGCGUGAGGAACCAAAAGAACGUCUGCAAGGGAGGCUAAGUUGUUGGCUUAAGUAACACUUUCUAAUCACGUGCGGUUGUUUCCUGUUAACAGUGGAAUCUUAUUUGUGACCGAGCCUUUGCUGGGGCUAAUGUGCAGGCGGCCUAUUCAGCGGGAAUGCUUGUCGGAUCGUUGGUGUUUGGAGCAACUUCAGAUUUCUUCGGACGAAGAUUUUGUAUUUACCUAUGUGCCGUAUUUCUGGUAUGUUGAAAAAAAAAAAAAAAAAAGAAGGGGGGCGGAUUUAAGGGGUAUUUCGGAGGGGGGGGGGGGGAGCGAGCCCCCAGCUAAAACUGUGAACGUCUUAAACUUGCAGAUAUGAAAAAUCUUAGCGAAUAGUGCACUACGCGAAAAUUCGCUAGUUUUUCAGCAAGUAAAAGACUUUUUUUUCCCCUUUAGAAUACUAAAAACCACAUCUCCGAGGGCUAAUAAAUAAUAAUAUCCCUGGGGAGCAUAUCCCCGAAACCCUUUUCUCCUCCUUUCAAUGAUAAUUUCCGAACGUAACACCUUCAAAAUAAAUCCUAGAUCCCCCCCAGGAUAAUCUUUUUGGCCCAGUAGAUAGAGACGGGGUUAGCCAAGGUGGUUUCUCUAUCAAGAUCGAAGCUAAUUGUUAGAAUACACUCCUUUGUAGAUGUGGGUGCAGGCCCUUCUUCAUUUUGAAAGGACUUUGAAAUAAGCUUACCUUAAGUAUUACUUAAUUUUGGUACUUCAGGUUUCCGGAAGUUAGUUUAAGGGUAUUUUUAGAAAACUAAGUUUUAGAUAUUUGACAUUGUAAAUUAAGCUGAAAAGCCUUUUUGAGGAGAUUAAUAAAGUUAUUAUUAUUAUUACGCGAAAUUUUCAGUCAAAAAAAAGAAAAAAAACGCCAAUAGCCUUACAGUUACAGGUGGAAACGAGGCUGGAGUUUUCCUUGUUUUGAUACAACCCUUUCUGCUUUAUUAUGUAAAUCAUUUUUUUCUUAUGCUAUAAACUAGUAUUUUUUAAGCAAAAUUUACAUUAGAAAAAGGAAGCGGUUUGUAUGAAAACAAGCUCAACCUUAGCCUCACGUUCAUUCAAAGGGUAGGACACUAAGCCCACAACUGUAAAAUGGGCUAUUGAUGAUUAUGGAGCGCGCAUGCACAACAUUUGACACUAAGAGACCCGUUAACUUGGUUUGCUUUUCUAUGCAUUUUAUUUGGGAAUUUUCAGGCCAUUUUCAGUCUUGGAUCAGCACUCGUCGACUGCCUGUCAUUCUUCGCCUUUCUCCGUUUCUUCGCAUCUGCCUUCGCCGUCGGAUUGUUCGUGGCUCAUUACGUAUUUGCUCUUGAACUUUUUGGUCCCACCUACAGGACCCGAUGUGACAAAAUACAGUCCCUGUUUUGGACUAUUGGUGCUGGCCUGAUUGCAUUACUUGGCUACCUCAUUCCGGACUGGAGGACUUUAUUGAUACUUUGUAGCUUCCCGCCCCUUCUUAUCUUCUCUAUUUAUACGUAAGCUGUAUGAAAUGUACAAAUAUAAAUAUACUUAUCUAUAGCGAGGCCCUCUUAGGGGUGCCCACAAUCAGUGAGCACUCACAGAAACUGAGUUGAACCUCCACUAACGACCACCUCUCUACAACAGUCACUUUUUUUGUCCCUGUGGACAAAUAAUCCAUCCUUAAACCACAACAGCCAUCUCUUUAGAACGGCCACUUUCUUAUGUCCCCAAGGUGGCCGUUGUAGAGAGGUUCACAUACUAUUAAGGAAAAUGAUACAAAAGAAAUGUAAUCUGUACGAACUAGGUGAACACGUCAACUAAACAUAACAGACUAGCGUUGCAUCCAGUUAAAGAGAAGUAGUGUGUUACUGAUGUUAGCAAGAUGAUAUAAGCCACACAAAUCAACAAAGGAUAAGAUGAUUUUUUUUUUUGCGUGGACUGCUGAUCUUAACGUCCGUAUUAUAGCGUCAUAUAUUUAUGAAUAGUUGCACCAUGACAUUUACUUAACCUGUUUAAAAAAGGAGAUUUGGAUUUGAAGCCUUGCUCUUCAAGUCAUGACGAAAUGCGACGGAGUCUUUGUAUUUGUUCCAACUCAUUAUAUUGGUUUGCGCUGUUAUGAAUUAGACGUGAGUAGCCCUCUUCAAUGGUAGCAGAUCCGCAUGUAGACUUGUUCGAGUUAUGAAAUCGUACCUGGAAUAGGUGAAGACAAUACAAUCUUCUUUUCCACAGCACCUUUAUUUCAGUCAGGUUAAAGGUAUUGUGAAGGUCAAAUUUUCGAGUGACCUGUAAUUGGCCUAUAUUACAAUACGGUUAAAAUAUCGUUAUUACUCUCUUACUAUAAGUACUAUAAACAACUGGAUAUCUUCCACAGGGUCUUUCCUGAAUCUGCACGAUGGUUAGCUGCUAAAGGUCAUCUGACUCAGGCGCAUGCAGUUUUGAUGAAGUACGCUAGCAAGAGUUCGUUAUCCGUGGACUCAGAUUCCAUAAUGACAAAACUUACAGAAUAUCACCAGAGUGAGGUAGAAUCCAGAGCUGACAGCUCCAGUAGGAGGUCAUUCUUGGAUCUGAUUCGGAGUCCGCGCUUGCGCAAACGAACCGUCAUUCUUUGCUUUAACUGGUAAGUUCAAAAUUGCAUAGUGUCUCUGAUAUAUCUUGAUUAAGUGAUGAUUCCAAUGCGGUUCUCUAAUCAAUAGGGACUUUAAGAAUGGACUGAGAAUGCGAGAUUGAGACAUUGAGUACGAGUAUAAGUACCAUUUUUCAAAGCAGAUUCGCGUGACUCGCAUAAUAACUCAUCACACACCAAUCUUAUCCGUUUUAUUAUAUGCUAAUCAACAACAGUAGAAAGUUAUAGUUAGGGCAAUUCAUAUACAAUCAGUUUGAAGUUCGCUAUUUCUUUGUGCACUAUUAGGGAAACAAGAUAUUCAUAUUCUAUAAAAACAGAAGUUGUUGUAAGUAAUACGUGUUUAUCUGCAUUUCACAUAGGAUGGUUAUCAGCAUGGUUUAUUAUGGUUUCUUACUGUACAUAAGCCGCUUGUCUGGCAGUCCCUACUUGAACUUGUUCCUGAUGUACCUCUCGGACAUUCCAACCCAUCUCAUCUGCUGGGUUCUUCUUCAAAAGUAAGUUGCUUAAUCGCGAAAAUAAGUGCGUAAGUCACGAAACUGUUUAUAUGGCAACCUAUCUGCUAGCUGGUUCUCUCAUCGAUCCAUUUAUUCAAAAAUUCGCCUCUAUAUCUGUCUAAAGUUUCUAAGCUAUUUCUUUCGUUUAUAUUCACAUUUUUAAUUCCCCUUAACUACUAGUUUGCUCCCUUGAUUUCUCCCUUCCUUGGUCACUUCUUUUCUGUGACCCUUACUCUCCCUUCCUUUUUAAUUCUUCCCUUUGUUUUCUCCUUUUCCAUUAUAUAUUUCGUUCAUUUUUUUUCUCGUUCUCUUUUUUUCUUCUAAUGGUAUUUUUUUCUGUCUGUUGGUUCAUUCAUCCUUCAAGUAGCCAUCUCCCUCCAGUUAAAAAAGUCUUACACCCUUCCAUCGUUUAACUGUAAAUGAUGUAAUGAUUGUUGCUGAAAAGCCCUUAUGGUGAGGAGAUGUGGGUAGGUAAUACUCUUUUUUUAAAAAUAAAAAAAAAGUCAAAUUAAUUAAGAUACACAGCUUGGCAAGACCCAACUAUAAUCUACUAAGUUUCUUAAAUGAAGAGAUUGACUCGGCGAGUUUUGGUUCAUUCGAGAGCUGGUUCCAAAGCAUAGCACCGCUGAAUUUAAAGCUCUUUUUAGAAACUAUCUUUUCAGUUUAAGAAGGGUCAGAUUAGUAGCCGUGUUACGUAGAUAGAGACAAUAAAGUAUUUAUGUAUGUAUGUACUGUUCUAAUAUCACCGCAUGAAUACAGAUUUGGUCGCCGCAUUCCCCAUUCAGCAAUGAUGAUAGCAGGUGGCUUUACUUGCUUACUGGUCCUGGCUGUUCCCAAAGGUAAAUUAUAGUUCUUAAUUAAACUGUUUAGACUUCUCUAAUUUCCCACUAUAGAAACUAUAAGGAGAAUGGUUUCAAGCUUUCGACGCAACGAUUUCUGGGAUAAUUUUGGUGGACAGGCGUUACUUAUGUUUGGUUUAUGGUUGCUAGAAUACCGUCGGCUAAUCAUAACUACUUCAAUUUAACAGGGAUAAUUAGGCUGGCUUGCAGAUAGCCCAGAGCUAAUCGCGGCAAGCCAGAGAUAACUUUCUUAUAUAGAUAUAAAUUUUGAAAAUACAGAAAAUACACAUUAACAUAAAUUUUGUGCAACUUAUGUACGCUAAACAAACAAACAAACAAACGAAAACAAGUAAAGCAAAAUAUAAUAUACGAAGAGGAAAGCAAUAAACUGAACUUAAGUUAAUUAUUCAUUAUACUAAUUAACACAUGAAUUGCAACCGUAAUGCCGAAGGAGAAGAGCAUAUGAACAAUACUGUCAAGAGGAAAGCUACAAACUAAACUAAAAACUAAUUUUACGUUUUAUUAAUUAGCGCAUCAACUUCAACAUAGGAGUCUUCAGAUUCUAGAAUUUUGAAUCGUUUUUUUAAAAGAGUAUUUGGGUCAGCUUUUAAGAUUAGUAGGUAUCUCAUUCCAGAUUUUAACACCAACAUGUGAAAAGGCCUUUCCGGCUUGAAUAUUAGGUGCAGAUUGUUUUGUGUACAAAUGCUCAGAUGUUCACGAACGUGUACUAUAAGAGUGAACGCGCGCUUUUCUAGAGCUGGUAACCAUUCUCCCUUGAGUUUCUGAAGUGGGGAGUACUCAACACUUUUUCAAAUCUGCGCUUGGAGGGUCAAGAGUGUGAUAUGGCCAGUGCAAAUCACGAGUAUGCAAAGACAGUCAGGGAGACUUCUCCGGUUCAGUAAUUUUAUAACAUUUUCUCUAGUCGACUCUAAUCGUUUUGUAAACGAAUGUUAUGACUAUGAAGAAACCAUAUAAGUAGAAGAACUGUAAUGUUAAAGGAAAAUUCUCCUCGAAGGAUGUUAAUUUGAAUAAUUUUUUUCUGCUAAUAGAUCAGAAGGGCACUAUUACUGCUUUAGCUUUCAUCGGUCGUUUCAUGGCCAGCGGCUCAUUUUCAAACAUCUACCUGUAUUCCAGUGAGCUGUACCCUACAGAACUGAGGUAAUUUAAAGUGCGAAUUGCCAGUUUGUCGUUUUAAUUUUUAUUUGAAGGAUAUCUAUAUUUAUUUAUAAUCAAGAAAUUCACGAUGAGUUCAUUUUUGCUAGAAAUCAAGGUAUUGGUGUUUGUUCAACAAGUGCUCGUGUGGGAUCCAUUAUCGCUCCCUACAUAGUCAUGUUGGUAAGGUCAUUUUUUGUCUAAAAAUAAUCCUUUUUAUAGAAUGCAAUGCAGGCGUAAAUUUUGGUCCAGCGAAAGCUGCUCGUCUAUGUUCUUAAUACCGCGUGUGGACACCAUCUUUGAUUUUAUCUCUGAGGAAGACUGGGGAGAGUAGGAAACGCAACCCAUAGGAUAGGGGCGUUCUCCUCUCUUUCCCCUCUCCCCGCGCCCCGCUACCCCCGCUGGUUUCCCUUCCACUUUAACUCGCCUUAACUCCUCGACUUUUUAAAAAUUCAACAAAGCAAUGAAGCGAGUAAAAACAAUUGCGCGCCCUACUGAGAAACGUCUUUUUUUGCCAAUUGACAAACAGAUUCUGCAGUGAAAGCUAAAGCAUUUAAAUUUUUCAGCUUAAUUAUGGCCUAAAUAAACUCAGUAAUUUCACUUUGAAACACAGGCGCAGUUACCGGGAAUGAGCGCGACUCUUCCCAUGGUUAUUUUCGGCUGUCUGACGGUAGCCGCUGGCUUGGUAGCCCUGUUUCUUCCCGAGACUCUCUUAUGCCAGACAUAUCAGACAGUGGAGGACAUCAAUCAGGACAAAGAAUUCUACGGUAUCAUUUGUAUGGAAAAACCACGACCCUGCCCAUUACACUGCUUCAGG